GGGAAGAGUUUGCAAGUUUCGUUCCCUUUGUUGGCGCCGGGGUUCUGGUGGUGUUGAUUUCUCAGAUGAGACUCGGAGGUCGGGGGCUGCACCCCUGGCCUCACCAGGAGGCGGGGGAAGGCGGGGAGUGGUGUGAGAUGAGAAGCACUGAGCCACACUUGAGCUUAGGUGAGGCCUCAGCGGGUGCGAGGUGAGGGCAGAGGUCCACGAAAUCAGAGUCAGAUGCUGUUGGCCCGAAUCCCAUGGGGAGCGCCACGGUCAGCCGAGGACCAGUGGUGGCAGGGGUGCGGAGGAUGGUGGAGGAAGAAGGAGCUGAACUGGACAGACAGUGGCCUCUGAGAGGCCGUUUCUGUGCUUGUGUGCAUAAAGAUGCCUUAAGGUCAAGCCGUGGCCGUGGAGAGCAGGAAGCUGCUGUAUGUUGCCAGGAAACUUCUAGGGCAGAGGCUAUUCAACAAGCUCAUGAAGAUGACCUUCUAUGGGCAUUUUGUAGCCGGCGAGGACCAGGAGUCCAUCCAGCCCCUGCUUCGGCACAACAGGGCCUUCGGUGUCGGCGCCAUUCUGGACUAUGGAGUGGAGGAGGACCUGAGCCCCGAGGAGGCAGAGCACAAGGAGAUGGAGUCCUGCACCUCAGCUGCGGAGAGGGAUGGCAGUGGGACAAAUAAGCGAGAUAAGCAAUACCAGGCCCACCGGGCCUUCGGGGACCGCAGGAGUGGCGUCAUCAGUGCCCGCACCUACUUCUAUGCCAACGAGGCCAAGUGCGACAGCCACAUGGAGACAUUCUUGCGCUGCAUCGAAGCCUCAGGUAGAGUCAGCGAUGACGGCUUCAUAGCCAUUAAGCUCACGGCACUGGGGAGACCCCAGUUUCUGCUGCAAUUCUCAGAGGUGCUGACCAAGUGGAGACGCUUCUUUCACCAAAUGGCUGCGGAGCAAGGGAAGGCGGGCCUGGCUGCCAUGGACACCAAGCUGGAGGUGGCCGCGCUGCAGGAAAGUGUUGCAAAGAUGGGCAUCGCAUCCAAGGCUGAGAUUGAGGACUGGUUCACGGCAGAGACCCUGGGAGUGUCUGGCACCGUGGACCUGCUGGACUGGGGCAGCCUCAUCGACAGCAGGACCAAGCUCUCCAAGCACCUGGUGGUCCCCAACGCUCAGACAGGACAGCUGGAGCCCCUGCUGUCCCGGUUCACUGAGGAGGAGGAGCUACAGAUGACGAGGAUGCUACAGCGGAUGGAUGUCCUGGCCAAGAAAGCCACAGAGGUGGGCGUGCGGCUGAUGGUGGACGCCGAGCAGACCUACUUCCAGCCGGCCAUCAGCCGCCUGACGCUGGAGAUGCAGCGCAAGUUCAAUGUGGAGAAGCCGCUCAUCUUCAACACGUACCAGUGCUACCUCAAGGAUGCCUAUGACAAUGUGACCCUGGGUGUGGAGCUGGCUCGCCGUGAGUGCUGGUGUUUUGGGGCCAAGCUGGUGCGGGGCGCCUACCUGGCCCAGGAGCGAGCCCGUGCAGCAGAGAUCGGCUAUGAGGACCCCAUCAACCCCACGUACGAGGCCACCAACGCCAUGUACCACAGGUGCCUGGACUACGUGCUGGAGGAGCUGAAGCACAAUGCCAAGGCCAAGGUGAUGGUGGCCUCCCACAACGAGGACACAGUGCGCUUCACGCUGCGCAGGAUGGAGGAGCUGUGCCUGCAUCCUGCUGACCAUCAGGUGUACUUUGGACAGCUGCUAGGCAUGUGUGACCAGAUCAGCUUCCCGCUGGGCCAGGCCGGCUACCCCGUGUACAAGUACGUGCCCUACGGCCCCGUGAUGGAGGUGCUGCCCUACUUGUCCCGCCGCGCCCUGGAGAACAGCAGCCUCAUGAAGGGCGCCCGUCGGGAGCGGCAGCUGCUGUGGCUGGAGCUCUUGCGGCGGCUCCGAACUGGCAACCUCUUCCGUCGCCCUGCCUAGCACCCGCCAGCCCACCCUCGGCCUCCAGGCCCCCCCGUGCCCACCCCAGGCCGUCACCACAGUUGUAACCAACCCCAUCCUCACAUAAGACUCACCUUUUUUCACUCCACACUUGCAGAGCUGCUGGAGGUGGGGUCAGGUGCCUCCCAGCCCUGCCCAGGGUCUGGGCACUCAGGUGUGGGCCGAACCUGCUACCUGCCUGGGAUAGCUGCAGGGAACUCUCCCUGGAUGUGUGGGCCCAAGGCCCCUACCUCUGUGACCCCCAUGUCCUUGGGCCUAGAGGAUUGUCCACCUUCUGCCAGGGCCAGCCCACACAGCCCGAGCCCCUCGGGGAGCAGAGGCCGGGCUGGGGAGGCCCUGCCUGGUCAAUAAACCACUGUUCUGCAGCUGA